AUGUCGCGAGGGCAGAAUAUUGGGGAAAGGCUCAGACCGAUAUCAUUUUCGGAAGCACAUGAGUCACAGAGGAGAAUUAAGGCAAUGUACAAAAGCAUAUCUAAUCGGAAGAGGAUCUUAGCUCCCGACGACCGCAGUCGAUCAAGGAAGAGCUUUGGCGAAGGUGCAGGAUCAUUCGAGGAAUCCGUCAAGCAAGGCGGUCACAAGGACAAAAUGCUUUGGAGGAAGAUGAGUGUAAAGACAAGGGUUGGAGCAUGGGGCAGCGAUCAAGAGGACAUGUCGGACUGUGAGGAUUCAAGAUGUAGCUCCUCUUCUUCCAGACAAGAAGCCCGAGCAAAGCACGAUGAAGUAAACAGGUGGAAGCUAGAAGCAGAGAAGAGCGUCAUGAUUGCGGAGGAGCUGAAAAUGAUGGUACUCGGUCUCUUCAUCUUCGCCAUCGCUGACGGCGUCUGCAACAAGAUCAUCGAGAGGGAGAAGGAGAUCGACUCGCUCAAGUCCCGUCAGGAAGGCGAUCCGCUGGAUGCCCUGCACGUGCGACGAGAGCUGAAGCAAUGCAGGAGGGAGAUCGAGAAUCUCAGCAGGAAGGUAAUGGCGGAGAAAGAGCGAGCCGAGUGUGCUGAAGAAAGACUCGGAGAAUCCGAGUACCUCCGAGAGAUGCUGACGAUGAAGAUGAAGAAGUUGCAGGAGGAAGUGAGAUCGAUGAAGGAAAGAAUGCGCAGGGAGUUCGAUCAUGAGCACGAGGCGAUCCAGGCAGAGAUGCUGAGGAUCGAGCACGAGAAGAUCGAGCUGGAAGAGCGGCUGGAGAGAGCGAACCUGAUGAUUGAGGCGGAACAGAAGCUGAGCAGCGAGCAGAGGACCUCGCACGAGGCAGAGCGGGAGCAGUUGAAGCAAGCCCUUUUGCAAGCCGGUGAUGAACUCAAGGAAAUCAAGGAUCAAGUUAAGAAAGAGCUCGACAGCCAACGGGGAUCCACCGAGCUUGAGGUGCUGCAGGAGAGGCUGGCGGAGGAGAGCAAGCAGAAGCUGGUCUACCUCGAGUGCUAUCAGAGAGAGUCGGAGGAGAUGAAGGUGAAGGAUCUCGAAUGCGAUCGACUGCGAGCAGAGAUAUCGACUCUGAGCUACGAGAUGGAGAUGAAACAGCGGGAGAACGAGUCUCUCCAGAGAGAUGUGGAGAUGAUUCGGAGGGAGGAAAGGGAAGCUCGUUCGAUCAACGAGCAACUGCAGGUUCAACUCAACAAUAGGGAGCAAGAGUAUGUGGAGACAAUACAGCGAUUGAACAGUCUGCAGCGAAAACAACAAGCCCUGUGCGAAAUCCAGGAAUAUGGUACUCAGACAGAACAAGUCUUGACAUGCAAUGAGGCCUGCAUUCAAACUCUGACGUGCGAGUCUGGUUGUGAAAGCUAUUCGCAGACAGAGGAGAAAGAAGUUGGUCAAGCACAGACUCAGACCCACAGGCAGGAAUAUCGUGAUAGAGAUUUGCAGACAGAGGAUGGGACAGACUCGAACUUCCAUAUCAGAGAUGCGUGUAUGGAUCGAAAUCCUUUUGCUGGGGGAGAACUAGGAGCUCCGGGAGAAGUCGAAGGGCUUGAAGAGCGUGAAGAUCUGAAGGCGAAGAUUGCGCAACAUGUCGAGGAGAUCGAAUCCCUCAAGUUGCAAGUCAAUACGUUGAGAUUGGAUCUUGACUCGAAGCGCAGAGAGCUGCGGCAGAACAAUCGCCUCAUGGAGGCACUGGACGAGGUUGACCUGCUCGUCAGGAAGCAGACUGAAGAGAAGGAGAGGAGGGCUGCUGAGAUGCAGUCGUUAGAUCUUUUCCUCUCGCAUGUCUCUGCUCUCCCUGACAUGUUCGCCCCUUCUCAAGCCGAGAAAGUCAGUCUUGCCGGGGAGAACUUGGACAGUACCAGCACCAGCGACGAGAUGAGCGUCAUGGCAACCCGCGAGAUCUCGUUGGAGACUAGAAGCGAGGAGAGGAGGGCAGCUUGCAAGGAGCUUAUGAAGUUGGGGAUGGAGCCAGAGCGAGGGGUCCUGUAUGGCGAUCGACGUGCUCCUGAAGCACGGGAGGACCCCGACGACUCUCAGUGUCUCGCGCUUGCUGAGCAGGAAGCUGAGAUCUCAAGUGAUUUUCAAGUCGGCAACUCAGCUGGGUUGCAGCUGGAAGCCAUAGACGCCUUGCUCUGUCGAGAUGUGCAUGCUGAGGAGCACGAGCACGAGCACGAGCACGGAAUCGGUUUCGAAGGCGCCUCCUCGUUCAUUCAAUUCGACUCAGACGAUGAUAUUGAGGUUGACUCGCUAGCCUCGAGCGAGGCGAGUAGUGAGGACGAAGAAUAG